UUGUAUCAAUUUUAAAUUGUCAUUCAAAACAAACAAACCAACCCCCAACCUCAACAAAAUGUUCAAAUUCAUCGCUGUCUGCUUCUUCGCCCUCUUGGCUGUGGCUGCCGCUAAACCCGGUGUAGUUGCUCCUUUGGCUUAUACCGCUCCUUUGACUUACUCUGCUGCUCCUUUGGCUUACUCCGCUCCAUUGGCCUACACCGCCCCAGCUGCCGCUGUUGUCGGUAGUGCUGCCUAUGUUGCCCCCUAUGCCUCCAGCUACAAUGCCCAUACCGUUGCUCACUCUGCUGCCUUCCCUGCUGCUUAUGCCGCUCCAGUUGCCACCCCCUUCGCCGCCCCCCUUUUGUUGAAGAAGUAAAUCAGAGAUAUUGGAUUUGAAUAAAUGACAUGAGCCGCAAUUGAAAAACGAA